GAGAGAGUGCAGGGGAUGGCAGCAGGCCCUGGGGAUCUGGGUUGGAGCGCCCCCAACUGCCAGAGCGAGGGAGUGACGGUUGGGGCAGCAGUUGGGGCGCGUGAGGUGGUGGGGUUCCCCGGUUGCUAUGCGGCGCUGCGUCGGUUUGCACGGCGUGGAGCAGCUCUUCGUCCGCUCAGCGCAGAAGCACGAAGUGUGAUGAGCUCCUCAGGAGGCACUGCCAUGGCCCAGCUGGAGCAGGCAGAGAGCUCGGUGGAGCAACAAGCAGCAGGUGAUGCCCGGAGACCUGUCUGCCCCGAGGUCACCCCGGCCAGAAGGGCUGCAAGCAGACUCUGCAGUGGCCCUGACCGCAACCGGAGGAAGGAGCUGAGAGAAAUACUCUUCCAGAGCAGCAGCCUCAGCCGCAACAUGCGCUUUGCUGCCACACAGAUAACACCCAGUGGCCCUGGCCUCCUCAAAGGGCCCGAAGAGCAGGAGAUGCUGGAGCAGAGCCCCAGGGUACUGUCCCUCACCCUGCAUCGUGAGUGGCUGCUGGCGGUGGCCGGAGGUGACACCGUUAACAUCCUGAAGAUGCUGAGCCAGGACCCCAGCCUUCUGAAUGCGGCAGACCCUGUGACAGGAUUCAGCGCCCUCCACUGGCUGGCCAAGCAUGGCCACCAGAAGAGCUUCAUUGAGGUCGUCUCCCACGCCCAAGAGAAAGGUUGUCCCGUCAAUAUCAACAUCCGCACUGCCAUGGGUGGGUUCACCCCAUUGUGCCUGGCUGCCCAGCAGGGACAUGCUUCACUCAUUGAAGUGCUGGUGAAAGAAUACAAGGCAGAUACCACCCUUAGGGAUUACAGCGGGCGCCAGGCCUGGCAGUACCUGCGGGCGGACACCUCCAGAGAGCUGAUGGAGCUGGCAGGGGCCUUGGAGGAGAAGUCAGCCCAGCCUGGCACUCACAGCUCUAACUCUGAGCACCGCAGAGAUGUCACAACCAACAGAAGAGCCCCACGCCCCUGGAGACAGUUGUCUGUCCCCAAGUUUGUCAGAAGAGCAUUUGCUUUCUUCCAUAGACGUUGAAGUGCACCCUUAGCCCAAGUUCACCUUUCCUUUGAAUUGAUAGUUUAUUAAGUAAAAAUUGUUUCUCACUGAAGUAAAAGCUAUGGUUCUCAGUUUGUCAGUGCCCAGAGCAGCCUUUCAAAGCACUCCCAGUCCUUCUGGAAAUCUCUCAAUCCUCUUCCCUAAGGACCCCUGUCUACAGGGAAAAGAAGGCUGAGCUGCUCAGCCCCAUGGGGAGGAAGGGCAUGUCCCACAGGGCAGUGUGCGGUGGCUCCAGCUGGGACGGGGAUCCAGGAGCUGCUCCCAGAAGAUGACUCAUUGCUCAAAAUCAUGAAAAAUGCAUUAAGCCCAUGAGGUAACCUCUGUCACCCCUUGGUAAAUACCCCUACAGCAGCACGACACUCAGUGUGCUAAUAGCCACCUACCACUCUGUGUUGUGUGGUUUACAUACAUACAGAGGGGCAGUUGCUUUGUAAAUGUAGACGAGUAUAAAAUACAUCCCUCACCUAUACAGUCAGCACUAACUUUGCUUCUCAUCCAGGAAACAAUACAAUGUCCAUCAAAAUUUGAUAGAGGAGAGCUGGGUCUGUUCCUCUUGCCAAAGAGAAGGUUCAGGGGUAGUUUGUCAAUGUCAGUAAAUUAUGGGAAAUCCUGCAGCUGGUGGUAGGACAGUUGCUUCUUUUUCCUUUUGAGAGCUGAAAUAGAAAUUCAAUUUCCAGAACCCUGAAAGUCUUCGACUAUGUGGUGGUGCAGGGGAGGAGGCAGAGAACUGAGCAGGUCUCUGUGAGCUGCUGCAGCUGGGUCCAGGCACAUGGAGGUCCAGCCUGAGGCUGGAUGGGGCCCUGGUCAGCCUGAUCUGGUGGGAAGAAGCAGCCUAGGAGCCAGGGGGUGAGGCUGGGGAGGCUUUGAGGUCCCUUCCAACCCAAGCCAUGCUGUGAUUCCAUCAAAUGAAAUGGAUUACGGGAACUAAACUGGCUGAGAAACCAAUUUAUAAAUAGAUGUGUCAUCUUUGUGGGGAUUUUUUCCCCCUCAGCAAUGUCCUAGACAACCAACUGUUUAAUUAGGGAUCCACCUACCACAAGUGUUAUACGGAUUCUAUUUUAGCUUUAUUUCUGCUCUCAUUAAUGCCUUUUUAUUUGAAGGGCUUGCUUCUCCAAACUCCCAUUUAUUUUCUUUAGUAGAUUAAUGAUAAAUUUCUUUGUGUGUGGGUUAUGGGGUGGCAGUACCUCCUUCACACCAACAGGAUUUUUAUUAAAUCCUGAUGCUGUGUGUUUUAUAGGAUUGUAAUUAAGCAGGCUGAUGCAAUCCUCUUGUUUGACACGGUAAUUUUACAUUAAAACUGAUGCUGAAAUUGAGCCUUUUGAAUAGCCUAUACCUAGGGAGAAGUUUGUUCUCUGGGCAGGAGGGUAAAUAGUAGAAAUAGUAGAAAUCCCUGAGAUUUUGACUUAAGAGAAGUCCAGCUAAAACUGAUCUUCUUUUCCUACUAUUUUUUUUUCAAAGCAGUGGCAAACUUUUCAGAUUAAUGUUUGCUUGUCUCUUUACAGUGAUGACCAACAGUAUGUGUACAAAAACUGGAUGAAACAUACUUAGCCCUGUGUUAGAGCCACUAGUGCUGGUAAACCAAACAUAAAGGUAUUGGUUAUCAGAGUGUGUUAAUGUGUAUGAGGUGUGAAGUGCUACACAGGGGAAUAGAAUAGUUAGAUGGGACUACGGCUACUCCUUUGGAGCACCCUGAGCUGCAGGCAGCCUCACAGGGGAAGGCCUUCAGCGCUGACACUCACAGGGCCAUUAAGGUUGGAAAAGACCUCUAAGAUCAUCCAGUCCAGCCAUCAACUCACUCCCACCAUGCCUUCUAACCAGGUCCCCAUGUACCACAUCUCCAUAGUUCUUUAAACCCCUGCAGGGACAGUGACUCCGCCUCCCCCCUGGGCAGCCUGUGCUAGUGCCUGACUGCUCCUUCUGAGAAAUUGUUUCUAAUAUCCAACCUCAGCCUCCCACGGCACAACUUGAGGCAGUUCCCCCUCAUCCUGUUCUUUCUUAUUCUCAUGCUACUACUUUCUUUUUGGCCUCUUCCAAGCAGAGAUGACAUAGCAACAACAGCAGCCCUCAUUUGUUGGGUGAGCAUGGGUACCCACAGCACCACCACCUCGCUUCAGCCCUCUGGGAACACUCCCUUUUGUUUCCUUUGGAAACACUGCAUUUUGUUACCGUGUGCUGAUGAGAUGUGCCAUGCAAAAUUGUGUACUGAGUUUAAGCAGGAGGGAAAUAAUCCCUCGCCAAUAUAAUCUUAAAUAAAAGUGAUGAAAAGACCAUUCAUGCUUGCUGCCCAAUUGCUUCUUGUAACCAUUUGGCUGCAGUGCCAUUGCAGCUCCAAGCCAAGUUCUUUUCUUGGCCUUGGAACAGAGCUGAAAGAAAUAAUCACUGAGUGAUAAUACAUCAUGCAAGUGUAUAAGUGCUACAAAGCACAGAAGAAAUGCUCUGCAACAUCAGGUUUGUAACAAUGCAGAGGGAAACAGCAAAAAUGUGUACUAUACUUCAACUUAAAGGUGUUGAUAGUUAUCAAGAGUAUCUUCUAACACAAGGCUGUGGCACUUGAGCUUGUUUUUGUGAGAGAUGUAUUGUUAUGAAAGUUACUGUAAAGCUGAUGUUGUAUGGCAAUAAACAUGAGGGGCAGUUAUAGAAGCAGGUUUUCGGUGCUGUUGCGCAUAUAGCUAAAUACAGAAAUCCCAAUUGCCAGUGUUUAGUGAGUGAAACCAUAGCAAACUUUCAAGAAUUGAGGUAAGAUGACAAUACCUGGAAGAGUAAUGAAAACAAUGUUUAAUGGGUUUAACUGUAGGAAAAAAGAGUUAAAAUAAUAAUAAUAAUAAUCCUUAAAUGUUUUCAACUGGCACAACUUUCCAAGCAGCAGUUGGUAUGUUGAACAAGGUCCAUUCUGUAGGUAAAAUAACUUUUUCAUUGUGCCAGGCUGUAGCACCUGCUUUGUUUUUGUAAAGAUGGUCACACUGAG